AUGCGUGCCUCGCGCAGGCACACGAGUAAAACAGUUUUGGAUGAUGGUCCGUCUACUAGUUCAGAUUCUAAAAUCAAAGAUGUUGAUGAACAGAAGAUUGAACUCGUGGCCAGGCUUUUACGCCAAAUUAGAGCAGUCCGCGAUCGACGGGAAGCACAAGUCCGGAGGAGUCUUCGCAGAGAGAACAGUGCAUGGACAGAAGAGAAGAUUAAUCAGUAUAUUAGCGCUAAGUUAAUGGGCAUGAAUAGCCAUGUGGAAGAAUUAGAGAAACGAACAACCGGGAUACUGCUUGAAGAUAUCUUAGCCAAUAGUAAAUAUACAAAUGAACGAGUUUGGCACCCAACGGUGCAGCCUGUAAAAUCUGUUAGAGCGUUGAGUAGGGUAUGUUCGCCUGUUAAAGCCUUGGCUCCAAUAGAAAUCAAGGUGGAAGAGAACAAUUCUUUGGGUUCUGUCACUGAGUCUCAUUCGUUGUUGUCUGUUAAUACGGGUGAAACUAACGUUGAAAAAGCUGCUAAACAGGAGGCGCAAGUGAUGGCUAGGAUAGCUGAAUUGCGUCGUGCUGGGUUGUGGACUCAAAGUAGAUUGCCUUUAUGUGUCGAACCGUCAAGAAAUAAAACUCAUUGGGAUUAUCUUCUGGAGGAAGUAAAAUGGAUGGCAAAUGAUUUUAGACAAGAACGUUUAUUCAAGCGAAAUAUGGCUCGAAAGAUAGCAAGUGCUAUUCACAAGCAAAAGAAAGAACAAGAGAUGGAAGUAGAAAGGGCAGAACAAAGAAGAAUAAAGGAGGGUAAAAGAAUAUGCGCAACUAUUGCUAAAAUGGUUCGAGAUUUCUGGCAGAAUGUUGACAAGGUUGUCGAUUUUCGAGCACAGGAGAUCCUUGAAUCAAAGAAGCGGAAAGCACUCGAUCAACAUCUUGCUUUCAUUGUUGGCGAGGCUGAUAAAUUGAGUAGUUUAGUCCAAGAAGGUCUCGUUCAAGAAAAAACUUCAAAAUCACCUUCUAUUGCCUCUAAAGACGAUUAUGAUGAUGCUGAGUUCCAUUUGAAACACGACGAUGAAUCAGAUGAUGAGAGUACAAUCGCUAAGGAAGAACAAGCUUUGAGGAAUCAUGAUGUUGCUGGAGAAAUUAACGACUUGAAUAGAGAAGCUGAUCAAGACAUGGAAGAUUUGAUUGCAUCGUUGCCACCUGAUUAUCUUGCCUCAUUAGGCGUGAACAUUCCAAGGCCAGAGUCCACUCUUUCUGUUGGUGAAAGCGUGAAUACGGAACCAGAUACUGCUAGUACGAGUGAUGCCGAGGAACAAUCAUCGAUAAUCGACUCUUCUAGGAAGUCGGAUGAGAUUAAGGAGGAAGACGGCCCUACUAGCCCUAAGCGAAGAAGAGUUGAGGAGCAAUCCGAAGAUUCUAAAAGUGAAAAAGAUGUUGAAGAAGGGAACGGAGAUGGCAGAGGAAUGCUGGAAAAUGUUGAUUACGCUAAACUCCACAGUGUUAAUAGUGAUGAGCGUCAGCAGGAACUUGCAAACAUAGCUGAAGAAGCUUUGAAGUUCCAACCGAAAGGUUUCACUCUGGAAACAACUCAGGUGAAAACGGUUGUUCCUUUCCUAAUUCGUGGAAACCUUCGUGAAUAUCAGAUGGUUGGUUUAGAUUGGUUAGUUACGCUCUAUGAGAAAAAUUUGAAUGGUAUCUUGGCUGAUGAAAUGGGUUUGGGUAAAACCAUUCAAACGAUCUCUCUUCUUGCUCAUUUGGCUUGUACUGAAUCCAACUGGGGUCCUCAUCUUAUUGUGGUUCCAACAUCAGUUAUACUAAAUUGGGAGAUGGAAAUUAAAAAAUGGUGCCCAGCACUUAAAAUAUUAACAUACUUUGGAAGUGUCAAUGAUCGCAAAGAGAAGCGAAAGGGUUGGUCCAAACAAAACUCAUUCCACGUUUGUAUAACCUCUUACAAAACAAUUACAACUGAUAUUCGUUCUUUCAAAAUGAAGGCCUGGCAGUAUCUUAUACUCGAUGAAGCUCAAAACAUCAAAAAUUGGAAAAGUCAACGUUGGCAAGCACUUCUUAACAUCAGGGCUAGACGAAGAUUGCUUCUGACAGGAACACCUCUUCAAAACUCCUUGAUGGAGCUGUGGUCGUUGAUGCAUUUCUUGAUGCCCGCUAUCUUUGCUAGUCAUGAUGACUUCAAGGAUUGGUUUAGCAACCCUUUAACAGGAAUGAUGGAAGGCAGUGUCGAGUAUAACGCACCGCUUGUUCAAAGACUUCACAAAGUAUUGCGUCCUUUCAUUCUACGUCGUUUAAAAAGCGAAGUGGAGAAGCAACUUCCUGAAAAGACCGAACAUGUCAUUAAAUGCCAACUUUCUAAGCGUCAACGUUACCUUUACGAUGAUUUCAUGAGUAGACGAAGUACCAAAGAUAACUUGAAGUCAGGAAAUAUGAUGUCAGUUCUGAAUAUCGUCAUGCAGUUGAGAAAGUGUUGUAACCAUCCUAACCUUUUCGAACCGAGACCUGUGAUAUCCCCAUUUGCAUUAUCGUCGAUUCAGACCAAUUUCCCUGCUAUCAUUUUCGAUAUUUGUGGAGAAAAUAGUAGAGAUGAUAAGGAAAUACCUAAGUGUUUCUUGCUAAAUGAGCGUUUCCAAGGCUAUAAUACUUCAGUCAAGUCAAAGAAGCCUACUAUUGAAGAGUUGAACUCGUUCGAUGAACCUUCAAGUCUUCCAAAAGUAGAUGGUUUUUCGAUACAACGACCGCCAUUGGAACGAAGAGAGAGGUUAUCUGAUGAUGCUUUGAAAGCUGCAGCACUCAGCUUGGGUUCGGAAAACAUCAAGAAGCUUGGACUGUCUGAUGGAGAAACUUUCAUUGUCGUUAGGGAUAAUGAAGAAGCCGUCCGAGUGCAGGCCAGACCCGAAGGUAUGAAUGGGAUGGUGAAGAUGAAAAUAAUGGACGGUAAAGUACUUGCUGAGGGAGGUCCUGUUGGAGUUGGUACACGCAUGUACAAGUUGUUGAAUAUAAAUGGCGAGACUUCUUUGCAUGAUUUGGGAAUUGUUUCUUCUAGUACAGUUGAUACUAUUUCUGAAGGGCGUGACUUGCAUGGUGCUGUAAAACUGAAGCCAGUUGUUCAUCCAUCUCUACGAACAAACACUGUUUUGAGCGGUGCUCCAAACGGAAGUAAGGAUGUAGAACAAUCUGGAUUUCAUCACUUGAUGGCAGAAGGAGGCGUGCGAGAAAACAUUGUCAACUAUGCCUAUCAGUUCAGUCCUCCACUUAAAAGACGGAAAUUAUCUGAUUCUCCUCUGAUCAGCGGUGAUUACAAAGAAUGCGUACCGAGUCUGGUCUGUGAUACUUUAGCUAGGGAAAAGCUUGCACGUCUGGAAAAGGCACAAUCACGAUUCGGCCUAAUUUCAAAGCCUAUCUUUUCUCACGAACUACUGAAAGUGCUAUCUACAGAAUGUAAAGAAGUGGUUAGAAAAAAGAGAGAUCAUUGGUAUUGGGAUGGUUGGAAUGCUCAUAACGAUGAUAUAGAAGAAGUUUUGAAUAAUUAUACUGAUUUUAUCAUCAACAAGUUUGUACUCUAUGUUGCUCCUGCGUUGAGUGAUUCUCCUUCUGUGAAGGCUAUUUCGUCUGGUAGAACACCAUCUGCAAUACUUUGUGAAAAGAACAUUACUUCCAUAUCUCGCACAAUUCUUCAAGAUGCGAGAACAAACUUGCAUCGUGUGAUGCUCUCAAACAGUCUGCAGUUCCCUGAACUUAGGCUUAUUGAGUAUGAUUGUGGAAAGUUGCAAAUUCUCGCAAAUUUAUUGAGAGAUUUGUAUCUUUACAAACAUAGAUGUCUUAUAUUCACUCAGAUGUCGAAAAUGCUCGAUGUUCUCCAGGCAUUUUUAUCAUAUCACGGGUAUCAAUACUUCCGAUUGGAUGGAUCCACUGGAAUUGAACAACGACAAGCGAUGAUGGAACGUUUCAAUGCUGAUUCGAAGAUUUUCUGUUUUAUUCUUUCAACUCGUUCUGGUGGAGUUGGAAUCAACUUGACUGGUGCAGACACUGUUAUCUUUUAUGAUUCGGAUUGGAAUCCUACCAUGGAUGCCCAAGCUCAAGAUAGAUGCCAUCGAAUCGGUCAAACAAGGAGUGUUUCUAUUUACCGUCUCAUAUCGGAAAGAACAAUUGAAGAAAAUAUUUUGAAGAAAGCUAUCCAGAAAAGACGUCUCGGAGAGCUGGCUAUCGAUGAAGCUGGAUUCACACCCGAUUUCUUCAAACAGACUGACAAUAUUAGAGAUCUAUUUGCCGGAGAAGUGUCUGUUGACGAUAUAUCGACCUCGAUUGAUGCACCCAAAGAUCAAAAAGAGCUGGAUAAGGCGAUGUCUUCUCUGGAAGAUGAACAAGAUGUUGCUGCUGCUAAAAUGGCUUCAGCCGAAGCUAAGCUUGAUUCAGCGGAGUUUGAUGAGAAACUUCCGACCAAUAAUCUCGCUGGUCCGGAAGACUCGGAUGACAAGUAUAUCGAGUUAAUCAAUCAGUUGAAACCAAUUGAGCGAUAUGCUGUUAAUUUCCUCGAAGCAGAAUACAAACCUGACUUCGAAGAAGAGGUCAAGGAAGCAGAGGCGUUGAUUGAACAGAAAAAGGAUGAUUGGCAGAAAGCUCAUGAAAAAGCUAUGCACGAGGAGAACAACACUGAAGACGACUUCUAUGGAUGCGGAUCUUUAUUAGAUGAGGUACGGUCGCGUCGUCGUCGUGACCGCGCCACAAAUAUUAACACUAGACCUCGUUUGGUGCCUUCUCGUCAAUCUGCACGAAAACUUUUAGCUAUGAAAAAAUCCCCUCUUAAAUCUGCACGGCGCGCAAUCUUGAAUCCUUCUAAGCAAUUGGCUGUGCGAUCUGCUGUGAGAAAAGUUGUAGUUCGUAACAAAGCACGUAUUCACAGCAGUUCACAUUCUCAAUCUCCCGAAAAAAGUAUGAUUUUCAAACGAGGUCCAGGGCGUCCAAGGCGUUCUGAAACCGAAGGCGCCCCAAGUGGCCCGUCCCAUAGUACAGUGCCAAAAACCUUAGGUCAUGCCCAGAUUGUUGAGGCGCCACCGUCAACCUCUUCACAAUCAGUGAAAACUAUUAGAAAAACCACUAUUGUGAAACGUCCUCAUCAUCCAACUAUAACUAAAACCGAGUAUGUAGUUUCCUCUCCUACUAAAUCAUCCAAUGAAGCUCCGAAUGUCCAGAAGUCGGGUUAUGAUCCCAAAGCUAUGCAGGGUAGAUUGGUUCCUCGGCUGAUACCAUCACAACCCUCCUCAAGUCCAAGACUGAUGCUUCCAGUAAAAAUUAUUCACUAUGGAAGUCAGAGGGCUACUGGACGUUUCCGACUUAACUCUACGGGGGGUUUUGUAUCCAAUUCUUCUUCCAACUCUGUACAACGGCCUGUGGCCACUCGUUUUGUCGUGGUUUCACCACCAGCUUCUGGUCGAGUACUGCAUCAUGAAGAAGUGCGUCCUAGCUUAGGAGACUAUGCUAGACCUAGACGUUCCUUCAGGCGGGAUCGAUCCGAAGGGCGCGGGUCCUCAAUUGAAGACUAA